CGACACCUGCAAAGCAGCUACAAGCUCAUCCUCGGGCCGACACCAGCAGCUUGUAGCCCAAUCGACGGCUUCUCCGUCCGCUUGUUCUUCCGCAUCAUAGGUAGUACUGUAGUUCCUUCCGCAUUCUCUCGCCAGCCACGUGGGUUUUGCUCGAGCCUCAACGAAAGCUGCCCGCUGCUUAGAUCCACACCCCGCCCGACUGAUCGGCGAUAUCUGUGUUUCCGGCGACCAGCGUUGCGUCUUACAUUCGAUCAGCGUACAGUUUACCGCCGUUGCCCCAUCGGCGACCGCUUCUCUCGUCGAUUUCCGUUCCGCGCCUCCGCGCCCUCCCAUCUGCGCCUUCCGCCAGGCGUGCUCCGCUGUUUGUCUCCGGGCGACAGCCUUCCCCCUCACCACCGCACCCGCGCGUCGUCUAUGCGCAGAUUUCGGAAACCUGCGGGCCUCCUGUCGUUGCUAGCAUCCCCGUCGCACUUCGCGGAGGCCCCCAUCGUCUCCGUCUCCGCCGUGGAUACCACCUCCGCCACUAGUACCGGCGGGGCAGAUCGCUCAUCGCCACCUGCUCCUGCCGCUCGCGCUCACGCUGACGCUGCCGCUGCCGCUGCCGCUGCCGCUGCUAGCACUGCUGGUCAGCUGAGAGCAGAUUAUUUCUUUCUGCUCCCAACUGCCGCCCGGGCGAGCGCUGCCGCUACCGCUGGGACCGCCUCUGCGACUGCUGCGACUGCGGCGGCGAUCGCUGCAGCAGCGGGAACUGUUACCAUGCCAGCGACGGUUGUCGGCGCAAUCAACUGCGCUAUUCACGCGGCCACCACGGCCACCACGGCCACCACGGCCAGCAGCACCAGCAGCCACGUCAUGACGAGCCCAGCUGCUCUGACGCGCGGCCCCACUGCUCUAGCCGGGCAGCAGCGCAGCUCGCUAAACAGUAUCGGAUCGUCGCUCAAUAACGAGUCGCUGAAGAAACUACCGGCUCAAGCGGCGGCUGCACGACUCGCGGCUCGCUCGGAGUGGAGCAGCGAGCUGGGCGGCGGCAGGAGAGGGGCGAUUCCUGAGAAUUCGCAGCAAGGGUGCGGCGAGUGGACAAGCAGUCACGGUUUCGGGCGCGAGAGUGGCGGGGCGAGCGCAAGGAGCGGGGCGAGCGGCGGAGCGAGUGGGGGGACGACUGGCGGAGCGAGCGCAAGGAGCGGAGGGAGCAGGUCUCUGUGGAGCAGCAGCAGUGGCGGGGCGAAUGGCGGGGCGAUUGGUGGAGGGGGAAGGGUGUUGCUGGCGCUGCAGGCACUACGGGCUGCUGUAGCGCAAAGCAGCGCACUGCCCGUUAUUGCCCCCACGCCAUCACCUGGCAAGGACAACAACACCCCCAACGACGGCAACGGCACGGGCGCUCCUGCUGCCGACUCGCGUGCCAAUCCUCUUUCUGAUGCGGACUCCCCUUCAGGCAGCAGCACCCCAUCCAGCUUCCUCUCAGCCAUCUCCGAUCUCACCAGCAUCAUCAUCCCCUCCACUCCACCCUCCUCUAAUGCUCCCCUUCCCUCCCCCUCCCCCUCUCACUUCCCGCCCUCCUCCUCCUCCCACCCCCCCUCGUUCUCGCAAUCGAGCCAGGGUAUCAACCCCUCCGAGCCUGUCCCAUCCCCGGAAUCCACCAUUUCUGCCCCCGCCGCUUCUCCUGCCUCUUCCGACUCUCCCCUCGCUCCUCCCUCCGCCUCCUCCCCUUGGCUACCCUUCCCUCCCGCGCUGCCCGCGCUGCCCGCGCUGCCCCCGCUGCCCCCGCUUCCUGCCCUGCCCCCACUGCCCGCCCUGCCGCAGCUGCCUGUGCUACCGGAUGCCAUCGUGCCGGCAAUCUCAUGGCAGAGCAUAGUGGCGGCGAUGACCACGCUAGUGGAGGGCUCUACUGCCGACAUUGGGUGGCUGGCCAGCGACCCCAAGCAGCGGCCAGUGAGGGACCAGACGAAGGAGUACGCGCAAACACUGCGCCAAGUCACUCAGGGCCAGCACUUGCUCCCGGACGACCUCAUUUACCUCCUCAUCCCAGGAUUGUUCAGCAACCUGAGUCCGCUGUAUCUACUGGACACCAGGGAGCACUUCUCGUCCUUGGGCCUCACUUGUGAAAUCGCCAAGAUCGACAGCCAGGCGGGUGUGGAGGCGAAUGCACGCGUGCUGAGGGACACGGUGGCAGCGCUGCUGGCAGGAAAGGCUGACGAGGGCCAGGAGAUCUACGCCCAUGGCUUUCCAGCCCGUGACAGCAGCAGCGGCUACAGCAACAGCAGUGGCAACGCUGGGGAAGAGAAGAGUGCCAAGCGGCAGAAAAUGGGAGUUCGCAACCAUGGUGGCAGCAGCAGAAGGAGUGGCGGCAGCAACGCCAGCAGCGACACGGAAAACGAGAACCGUGGCAGCAGCACCAGGAGAAGGAGGAGGAGGCGUGUGCUGCUCAUAGGGCAUAGCAAGGGCGGGCUGGACGCAGCAGCAGCACUGGCGCUGUUUCCUGAUCAAAUGAACAGCGGCACCGUGGCGGGGCUGGUGUGCAUGCAGAGCCCGUACGGCGGCACGCCCAUGGCGUCGGAUAUUCUCAGGGAGGGGUCGCUGGGGAACGGCACGCUGCGCUCCGUGCUGCAACUGCUGCUGGACAAGCUCUUCAAGGGCGACAUCCGCUGUCUGGAGGACCUAACCUACGCGCGCCGGCGUGCCUUCCUCGCGCAUCAUCCACUCCCGCCCUCCAUCCCGUGCCUCUCCUUCCACACGCACGCCUCGCGCGCCCCUGCAGUCGUCGCGUCCCUCUCCACCAUCACGCACACCGAGAUCCCCUGGCUCGCGCGCACCAGCCAGAAGCUCGCCCUGGCCUUCCCCCUCUCGGCUGCGCUGGCCGCGCUGUCGCUGUACUUGGAGAAUCGGUACGGGGCGGAGAGUGAUGGGCUGGUGACGCGGGCGGAUGCGGAGGUGCCCGGGUCAAUUGUGGUGCGCGCGCGGAGGAAGAUGGACCACGGGUUUAUGGUGUUCCCCUCCAUGGGGCAGAGCAGUGGGAAGGAGAAUGGGGGGAAGGAGGAGGGGGGAGGGGACGAGGAGCUGGGGAGUGGCAGUGGUAGUGAUGCAGGUGGUGGCAAGAGCAGCAGCAGUGUCCCGGGUGAUGCAGGUGGGGGUUUGAGUGCUCGCAGUGAGCUACCUAGUGGAGCCUCUGGUGCUGCCGCUGCUGUUGGGGGGGCUGUCGCAGCAGCCGCGGUGGGGGCUGCAGAGGGCGCGAAAGAAAUGAUGGGAGGAGAGGGAGAGGAGGAUGAGGAGGAGGAGGAUGCGACUCCGGCUGAGAUCUGUGAGGCCCUGGCGACGCUGCUGCUGGCCAACUCAAGGUGAUGCUGAUGCACUGCACUGCACUGCAUGCAUCGGGUGUGUUGGAGCGCAACCAUGAGCAACACAGAGUCUUUUGAGCCGACUCAUCAGUCCCCUCGUUACAAGGUCACUCGACAGGCCUGGCAACGCUGCUUCGGGCGAAUUCAAGGUGAUGAGGUGUGGUAGUUGGAACGUUGAGCACUGCAGUGCGGUGGCUUCGCACUUGUGUACAUACAUAGGGUAGUGCAGGGGACAUAAGAUGGUUCAUUCAUUUCCAAGGGUUUCGGGUUUAGGGUAGGCUGUUCUGUUCUUGCAUGUUAUUGGGCAUUUUUGGUUUUGUGUUUUUGGCUUGCCCAAAUAGACACUAUACUACACCCGAAACGAAACUCUGAAAUGUGCCUGCUCUGAAAUGUUUCAAGUAUUCCACCUCUA